AUGGAUGACCAUAUUCGACUACAUCCUCAACUCGAAAUCUCUGCACAUGCUGAGCUAGUGCUGAGGUGUGCAAGAAUCAGAAAGAAAUGCAAAGCCACCGAUGGCUCCGGCGCUCCCAAACCAAGCACACAAAGUGACACAAUGUGUUGUGGGUGGAGCUCAUGCCUUCAUUUUAAAGGCGUGGAGAGAUCUGUGAGGAUGUCAUCGAGAAUGUCCCAAGUGGUGUCCACGUGCGACGUGCUCGUGGUAGUGAUGUCUGCGGCUGUGGGAGUGUACGGCGCGCCUGCCAGGAUGAGGAGCAUGCUCAAGUUUAUGGAUAAAGUGUCAUCGAUAGACAACAGCAUUGGAGGGAAAUACUCGGUGGUUACAGAACGCAAGCUCUGUGCCAUUUUGGCUGCCAUUCUCAUAUUUUUUACGCUGCUCAUCGUUGACGAUUUCUGCUUUUACGUUCUUCAGGCAAAGAAGAUCGAUAGGCAAUGGGAGGUUGUGGUGAACUAUCUCGGAUUCUAUUUGCUGUGGUAUGUGGUGAUGAUCCUGGAGCUCCAGUUUGCGUUUACAGCAUUAUCAAUAUAUGCCCGCUUCAGAGCUCUCAACGACACACUCGCUAUCACGGCCCGGAAUGUUACUAUACCCUUCGAGAUGUCGAGGAGACCGACGCCCCUGAAUAUAUUUGCUAUACGAGUAACACCAACUGAUACACCACAAGUAGAAGACGUUAGCUUAUUAGUGGAAACAUUACCUAAGAAACCACGCACUAUUGUAAUUCGUAAGAAUGUAAAUGGUGAACCACGGCUGGUAGUGCCUCCGUGUGAAGCUGUUCCCGCGCUGGCGGCGUUGCACGGGACACUGUGCGAGGUGAUCCACCGCAUCGACGCCAGCUACGGAGUACCGCUCAUAGUCAUUCUCAUCUCCACACUCCUGCAUCUCAUCGUGACUCCCUAUUUUCUCAUCAUGGAAAUAAUUGUAUCAUACACACACAGGAUACACUUCCUGGUGCUUCAGUUCUUGUGGUGUGUAACUCACAUGCUUAGAAUGUUCGUCGUGGUGGAGCCUUCGCACUACACUAUCGUCGAGGGCAUGCGCACCGAGAGCCUGGUGUGCCGGCUGAUGACGUACGCGUCGGGGUCGGGCGCGCUGCCCGCGCACCUGGAGCUGUUCUCCCGCCAGCUGGUGCUGCGCUCCGCGGGGUACGCGCCCAUGGGCAUGUGCGUGCUCGACCGACCACUGGUGGCCUCGAUACUUGGAGCUGUUACUACGUACCUAGUGAUAGUAAUACAAUUCCAAAGGUAUGACGUCUGA